AUGAGUUUCCGUGUGUUGGACUUAGUCAAGCCGUUCGAGCCCUUGGUCCCUGAGGUCAUUGCGCCUCAACGUAAGGUGCCUUUCAACCAGAAAGUCAUGUGGACCGGUGUCACUUUGUUGAUCUUCCUUGUGAUGUCUGAGAUUCCACUUUACGGUAUUAUUUCCUCCGAUGGUUCCGACCCAUUGAUCUGGCUCAGAAUGAUGUUGGCUUCCAACAGAGGUACUUUGAUGGAGCUUGGUAUCACUCCCAUUGUUUCUGCAUCCAUGGUGUUCCAAUUGUUGCAAGGUACCAAAUUGAUACACGUAGACAUGUCCAACAAGGAGGACAGAGAGCAGUUCCAGACCGCGCAGAAGCUCUUUGCCAUGCUUUUGGCUGUUGGCCAGGCCACCGUGUAUGUGUUGACCGGUAUGUACGGUCCACCAAGCUCCUUGGGUGCUGGUGUGUGCUUGUUGUUGGUUUUGCAAUUGGUGUUUGCCGGUAUCAUUGUCAUCUUGUUGGACGAAUUGUUGCAGAAGGGCUAUGGUCUCGGUUCCGGUAUUUCCUUGUUCACUGCCACCAACGUUUGUGAGCAAGUUAUGUGGAAGGCUUUUGCUCCUACCACCUCUGCUUCCAGUAAGGGCGCUGAAUUCGACGGUGCAGUUGUCGCCUUGUUCCACUUGUUGGGCUCCAGAAAGGACAAGAAGAGAGCCCUCUUGGAGGCUUUCUACAGACAAAACUUGCCUAACAUGCUCCAGGUCUUGGCCACUGUACUCGUGUUCUUCGCUGUUGUCUACUUGCAGGGUUUCAGAGUUGAGAUCCCAAUUAAAUCCACCAGACAAAGAGGUCCUUACGCCAUGUACCCAAUCCGUUUGUUCUACACUUCUAACACCCCAAUCAUGUUGCAAUCUGCUUUGUCCUCUAACAUUUUCCUCAUUUCUCAAAUGCUCUUCAUGAAAUGGCCAAACAACGCCUUUGUCAAGAUUUUGGGUUCUUGGGGUAGCAAGGGCGGUUCCUCCCAAUUGUACGCCGUCAGCGGUUUGUCCUACUACAUUCAACCACCAAUGUCUCUCACAGAUGCAAUGGUGGACCCAAUCAAGACCUUUGUUUACAUCACAUUCGUCUUGGGUUCCUGUGCCGUUUUCUCAACCACUUGGAUUGAGAUCUCUGGUACUUCUCCAAGAGACGUUGCUAAGCAAUUCAAGGAGCAAGGUUUGGUCAUUGCUGGUCACAGAGACACCAGCGCCUACAAGGAGUUGAAGAAGAUUAUUCCAACCGCCGCCGCCUUCGGUGGUGUCGCCAUUGGUGCCUUAUCUGUCGUCAGUGAUUUGAUAGGCACUUUGGGUAGUGGUACCUCUAUUUUGUUGAGUGUUACCACUAUUUACGGUUACUAUGAUUUGGCCGUCAAGGAGGGUGGAUUUGCCAAGUCUGUCGUCAGCGGUUACACUGAUGGCAUUUAA